GCUGCCUCCAGCUCCUCUCGCCCAAUCAGCACCAUCUUUAUUUCACCGUUCACGGAUACAUUGCUGCAGCUUAUGUGGAGCCGCAAAGGAGCGUAGCUCACAGACGGUAGCAUGGGGGUGCUGUCGGCGCUGUGCAGGGGCCUGGCCCGGGGGGCGGACCGCAUGGCGGAGUUCACUAGCAAGCGUGGGCCAAACACCUUCUACAAGGGCCGGGGCGCCAGGCCGACGGGCAAGGUGACGGCCAGCCGCAAGUUCGUGCGGAUACAGGAGAUGGUCCCGGAGUUCGUGGUGCCCAACCUGCAGGGCUUCAAGCUCCAGGCGUACGUGUCAUACCGCUCCCCGGACGGCACGGAGCCGCCCCUCACCGCCGAGGAGCUCUUUAACCAGGCGGUGGCCCCGCAGAUCCGGAAGGACAUGGAGGAGGGUACCUUUAGCCCAGACGAUUUGGAGAAGUACGGCUUCCAGCCCAUGCAGGAGGGCAGGCUGUUUAAGCUGUUUCCCAAAAACUUCGUGCGUUAGCGACUAGGCUGACAAGGCGCCAUAGAAACCUACAAGGACGGUAAGGACUGUUGGCGAACCGGACCAGCAAAGUUUAUUUCGGGGCUCCGUCCUCUGCUCGAAGAAUACGGGGUUUCCCCCUACGCAAGAAAUCCAUUUUGUGUGAACUUCCCCUUCAGUCAUUUUUUUCUAGACUGGUAUGUAAGGAAAUUACUGAAUAAAAAAAAGUCAAUCUAUGGUAAA